AUGGCCAAACAAUCGGAUUACAACAAGGACAAUGAGAAACAGAGAAACCUCAGGCCUCCAACAGUGAUUGGUCAGUUCCAUACUCUCUUCUUUGGUUCAGUGCGAAUGUUCUUUCUUGGUGUAUUGGGCUUUGCUGUAUAUGGAAAUGAAGCUUUACAUUUUAGCUGUGAACCCGACAAGAGGGAUGUGAAUCUGUUUUGUUACAAUCAAUUUCGACCGAUAACUCCUCAGGUAUUUUGGGCCCUACAACUAGUGACAGUAUUGGUCCCAGGAGCUGUAUUCCAUCUCUAUGCAGCCUGUAAGAGUAUUGAUCAAGAAGACAUUCUCCAGAAGCCUGUCUAUACUGUUUCUUACAUUAUCUCUGUGCUGCUAAGGAUUAUCCUGGAGGUAGUAGCAUUUUGGCUGCAGAGUCAUCUUUUUGGUUUUCAAGUGAAUCCAAUCUUUACGUGUGAUGCAGGAAGUCUUGAUAAGAAAUAUGAUCUCACCAGGUGCAUGGUACCAGAACACUUUGAAAAAACGAUAUUUCUCAUUGCUAUGUAUACCUUUACAGUCAUUACAAUUAUACUGUGUGUUGCUGAAAUAUUUGAGAUUCUGUACAAACGAUUAGGCUUCCUAAACAAUCAGUGACCCAUUGAUUAAGUUUAAGUUAAUAACCCUGCAAUGUGAAAAAGACUUGUUUGCAACAUAGUUCUAAAUUCAUGGUAGAAAAGUAUCUAAUAUAAUGUUUGUGUAACAGUGGCAGAAUUAUCAAAAGGUUUAAGUGUAGGAAUAUUAUUCCUUAAAUUCCUUUCUCCCACCAACAGUAGUCAACAAUACUGACCAUAAGUAAGUAUUUAUUUGUAUCUUAUUUCUUAAAUCAAGUAAGUUUUAUCAGAAAGGUCUAUAUAAAUACACCAGUAAACCCUCAUAGUAAUGCUGCU